CUCUUGAAAUAUGUAAAAAUAUUGAAAAUCUAGAAAUUAUUAUUGAUAGUGGAUGUGUUAUGGGUAUUGUAACAGGAUGUGAUAAGAAAUGUAAAAAACAUAUUGAAUUAAAAAGAAGGUUAAUAUCUUUGAUUAUUAAUCAUAAAGGAGUUGUGAGUUUUAUAGAAAUUAAGAGUCGUAGUGUUUAUGGAAAUAUACAAGCUGAUUAUUUAGCUAAACGUGGAGCAUAUAAAGAAUUUGAAGGAUAA